AUGGCUGACGAGAAACUGAUCGCUUCGCCAGAAAAUGGUCCUGCUGCACCUGCUGCCACCCUCACCUCCGACUCCACCGCCGCAGACGGCCACAAGAGGAAGCUUGGUGAUCUGGAGCUCAGCAACGUGGCAGAGCCAGUCUCGAAGUCCGAGAACAACGCGAACCCUGACACGCUGAAUAAUGAGGCGCAGGAGGAGGAGGGGAAAGGGGGAGAAGAUGAAUCCGAGUCUAAACGACGGCGUUUGGAGAGUAAUGGAGACAACGUCACCGAGGCCGAGGCCGAUGGUCUAGUGUCAGGUAAUGGUCACCAAGAGGAGGAGAAGAAAGAUGAGACUGAGAAGGUUGAACCUGUGCAGCCAGAGUCUGCUGAUGCUAAUGUAGAACAUGUGGAGAAUCAAGAACCUCAUAAAGAACAUAUUGAUCAAGAACCUCCUGGAGCACCUCUCGAGACAGUUACUCAAGAACCAACUUCUCAUGAGAACGAGAAAACUGAGCUCAGCAGUUUGGAUGAACUAGGUAAACCAAAUGCAGAAAAUGAUGAACCUUCUGAACUUCCUAGAGAGGGGGAUGUCCCCGUUUACUCUGCUGAAAGGCAGUCUGGCUCGGGCAGGCAAAUACUGUCUCGCAAAAUGGAAGUUCCAAAUGACAAGGUUGGGGUCCUCAUUGGGAAAGCAGGGGAAACUAUUUGUUCCCUGCAGGACAAUUCAGGGGCCAAAAUUCAGAUUAUGAGGGAUGCUGAUGCAGAUCCACGGUCUACCACAAGACCUGUGGAAGUAGUUGGAACAUUGGAAGAUAUAAACAAGGCUGAGAAGUUGAUAAAGGAUGUAAUUGCUGAGGCUAAUGCUGGAGGUUCGCCUUCUCUUGUUGCUCGUGGAUUCAACACUGCGAAGGCUGCCAGCAGUGGUGAACAAGUUGAAAUUCAAGUACCAAUUGAGAAGGUUGGUUUAAUCAUUGGGAAGGGUGGAGAAACAAUUAGGAACUUGCAGACCAGAUCAGGGGCACGCAUUCUGUUGAUACAACAAAACCUUUCUGAUGGAGAACAACCUAAGGAAAGGACUGUCCGCUUCACUGGAAAUAAGUGGCAGAUUGAUACUGCAAGGGAAAUGAUAAAAGAUGUUAUGAAUCAGACUGUUAGGUCUUCACCUCUCUCUGGCGGAUACAGCCAGCAGGGCUAUCGUCCUCCACGUGGGCCCGCUGCUCCACAAUGGGGACCUCGUGGUUCGCAUCAUGCACAAUGCUCUGGUUAUGAUUUUUCACAAAGAGGGACAUAUCCUUCUCAAAACUCACAAUAUCCACCUUCAUCAUAUGGUAAUUAUCCUCCGCAACAGCCUCCGAGAGGCAACUUUGGUCCACCAAGUUGGGAGCAAAGGCCGCCAGCAUCAAUGCAUGGACCCUCACCCCAGGGCAAUUACAACUACGGGCAGCAGCCUGGCCCAGAAUACGGACAUCCAUCUUCAUACUCUCAGCCGCCUCCCCAACCAUACAACCAUGGAUACAACGAGGCUAAAUACGGCAACCAUGGUCCCCCACAGCAUUAUGGGCCUCAACCAACACCAUACUCUCAAGGCGGUGUGCAGUCGGGCUACGGCCCACCAUAUGACCAACACGGUAAGCCACCCAUGUACAGCAUGCAGCAACAGCCACCGCAAGUCCCUCAUUCUCAACCCUACGGCCAGCCCAGGCCCAACCAGCCUGGGGAAGCCCCUUAUCAAGGUACAUCGUCAUCAGCCCAACCUUACGGUCAGAACAUGCCACCUCAGCAACCAUAUCCUUAUCCAUCUAGCGGGCCCACGCAACAGACUUAUCCUCCUCCCUAUGGCUCUGCACCAACCAGCGAAGGAUAUGGCCACCCGCCUGCCACGGCACAAUCCGGGUCCGGAUAUGGGCAGCCCAUUGCGUAUGGUCAAGCCGGGCCUCAGCAGCAGCAGCCGCCACCUGCUGCCUAUUCUCAGGCAGGCCCAACUGGAGGCUACAGCUCGUAUCCAGUGCCCCAGCCUGGCGGUUAUGCCGAGCAACCAGCUCCUGCUGCUGCUGGUUAUGGGUAUCAACAGGUGCAGCCUGACCCAGCUACAUAUGGCGCACCCCAGGGUCCAGCUGCUGGUUAUCCUACGACCGGUGUGGGCCAGGCAGGCGGCUAUGCCCAGCCAGCUCAGGCCCAGGCCCAGGCCCAGGCCCAGACUGGGUAUGAUCAGUCGGGUGGAUAUGCGAAUGUGCCGGCCCAGGUACCUGCAGGCGUUUCGCCUCAGGCUGGUUAUGCACAGCAGUAUGAUGCUAGCCAGAUAUAUGGUGGUGGGCAUCGCUAA